AUGUUGCCUCCUCUUAUCAGGUUAGCUUCUUGCCGUAAUCUGGUAAGAAAUUCCAUGACUCUCCGCUUUAAAUUCGUUUCAUCCCUUGCCCAAUUAAGUAGUUCCGACGUGUCAGACUCAUCUUCUGACGAAAACAAUACCAGUUUGGUCUGUCGACCGCUUGAUAAACUCGAUAAGUUUGAAGUUAUUGAAACCUUGCACAAGUUAAACAGAGAACCCAAUAUUGGGUUGUCAUUUAUAACUCAACUGAAAGAAUCUGGUUUUAAGCAUGAUGUAGUAAGUUAUAUGGCAAUUGUUCGAUUUUUGUGUCAUUGGGGUAUGGAUAUUAGGUUAUAUUCUUUGUUUAUGGAUGUUAUUGAUAAUAACAACGGGGAACUUCUUAGUUUUGAAAUUUCGGAUCUGUGUGAUGCAUUGAUAGAAGAGAUUGAGAUAGAGGGGAUAGAAAAACUGAUAAAAGCCAUUGAUGUGUUGGUUAAGGUGUAUGCACGUGUUGGAAGAUUUGAGGACGCCAUAGAUACCUUGUACAAGAUAAAAAGGGGUCGACUUGUGCUUUCAACAAGAACAUGUAAUUAUCUAAUGAACCAGUUGAUUGAGUGGGACAAACUGGACAUGGUAGAAUCAGUUUACAGACAAUUGAAGAUGAAAGGGUUAGUUCCAAAUGUGUAUACUUAUGGGAUUCUGAUUAAAGGACUUUGCAGAAAGGGUUGUUUGGAAGAAGCCAAUGAUGUGUUCAGACAAAUGGGAGAGGCUGGAGUGGAGCCUAAUGCUUUCACUUUUGGUACCUACAUUGAUGGACUUUGCUCAAAAGGAAAAACGGAUCACGCCUUUCAAAAACUAAAAAGUUUUAGGGACUCAAAUCUGCCAGUUAAUCUUUUUGCUUAUACUUCUAUCAUUCGAGGUUUUAUAAAAGAGUCAAAGCUAGAAGAUGUAGAAAAUGCCUUGCUUGACAUGUUACAUACAGAAAUUUUCCCUGAUGCAGAUUGUUAUUGUGUGUUAAUUCAAGGGUAUUGUCAGAAAGGCGACAUUCUUAGGGCAUUGGAUCUUUAUGAAGAAAUGGAAUCAAGAGGUAUUAAAACCAAUUGUGUGAUUGUGAGCUCGAUAAUGCAAUGCUUGUGUGGUUUGGGCAAACUGGUUGAAUCUGUAUCAUGGUUCUUUGAUAUCAUGAACUCAGGAGUUUUCCUUGAUGAAAUCUCGUUUAAUAUCGCGAUUGAUGCUUUAUGUAAACUUAAGAAAAUGGAUGAAGCCAUGAAGUUGUUUAAUGACAUGAAAGGUAAGAACAUGAAACCAGAUGUUGUGCAUUACACCACUUUGAUCAAAGGGUACUACCUCAAUGAAGAACCUUGGAAUGCAUAUGAAAUCUUUGAAGAGAUGAAAUCGAAUGGAUUGAAACCAGAUUUUAUCACUUUCGAUGUUCUUGCUAGUGGGUUAUCAAGAUUCGGUAGUUUUGAAGACACAAUUGAUCUUUUACAUGAUAUGCAAACACAAGGUUUAGAACCUUCCAGUAUUACACAUAAUGUGAUCAUUGAGGGGUUAUGUAAAGGAGAAAAGACAAAAGAAGCUGAAGUUUAUUUCAAUAGUUUACACCCUAAAAACCUGGAUAACUAUGCUGCAAUGAUGAACGGAUACUGUGAAGCAAACAAUACUACAGAUGCCUUUGAGAUUUUAUUCUCUGAGAAACGACUUUUUGCAAAAAGGGCUUCUUGUUUGAAACUUCUAAGUUGUCUUUGUGCAGAAGGUGAAACUAAAAAAGCUAUGAAACUAUAUAAAGAAUUUGAAGCUUCAGAUAAUGGUCCAUGUAAGACAAUGUAUAGUGAAAUUAUAUAUUUGUUAUGUCGUGUUGAAGAUAUGCGAACAGCUAGGGUCAUUUUUGACAAAAUGAUUCAGAAAGGAUUUACACCAGAUGUUGUUACAUACACCAUGAUGUUAUAUGGUUACUGCAGGGUGAAUAGGUUAAAUGAAGCCCAUAAUCUUUUUCUUGACAUGAAAAACAGGGGAAUCAAACCUGAUAUAUACACGUAUACAGUUUUGCUUCAUGGAGCUAGAACAAAAGAGGAUGUGAAGGAUCUUACAGAUGAGUUGAAGGAGAAUGGUUUAUCUUUUGAUGUUAAUUGCUACACUGUUGUGAUCAACAAGCAUUGUCAGUUGAACAACUUACAAGAAGCUGUUUUGCUGUUUAAAGAAAUGAAAGAUAAAGGUGUUGAACCAAAUACUGUGACAUACACUGUGUUUGCACGUGGUUUAUGUCAUCAGGGGUAUAGGAAUCAUGCUGUAGCACUUGUUGAUGAGAUGAUAUCAAAGGGUAUCCAGUUGAAUAAAAGUACAAUAAGAGCACUUGAAGUGGUGAUCAAGAAAGUGUAA